AUGUUCUCAUUCUACACAUUUGUCUUCGUUAUUUGUACAACUUUCGUAUCUCACUCUAACGCAGAUUUGAUUACCUUUCAACAAUAUUCAACAAUUGAAAUUGGAUGGACUCGAGAUCAAGUAACACAACUCAUUGGUUCUCAAGGAAUUAUUACCUCACAAUCUAGUUAUGAAGGUUUCAACACGACAACAAUUCAAUAUACUGGAUCACAAUCAUAUUCAUCAGCGACAUUUUAUUUUCAAGGAUCGAUACUUUACAGUAAAUCUCAAAAUGGAUUAGACACAACAGUUUGUCAAAUAACUCAACAACAAUAUGAUCAACUUGCAAUCGGAUUGACUCGAGAUGAAGUAACAAACUUAGUUGGUAAUCCAGGAAUUAUUACUUCGGAAACGGGAACAGGUAAUACAACGAAUAUUAAUGUUCAAUAUCAACUGGUUGGAAGUUCAUCUGGAGUUGUGUAUCUGGGAUUUUAUGAGGGAAAACUUAACAGUAGAUACGAAAGUAGAUUUGCAUCAACUAUCAAUAAUAAAAUCAGUUUUCAACAAUUUUCGAUCGUACAAAUCGGAUGGACUCAACAACAUGUUAUACAAUUUCUCGGAUGUUCUGGUACAAUUACAUCUCAAAGUGGAACACAAGAUUUAUCAAAUCAAUGGACAACAAUUCAAUAUACUGGAUCACAAUCAUCGUUUCCAUCAGUGGAAUUUAAUUUCCAAGGAGGAAAACUUUACAGUAAGUAUCAAAAUGGAAUAGAUUCACGAGUUUAUACAAUGACUCAACAACAAUUUCUCUCUAUACAAAUUGGAUGGACACGAAAUCAAAUCACAAAUUUUGUUGGAAGUCAAGGAAGUAUCAUUUCAGAAUAUGUAAGUGGAAGUACAAAUUAUACCAUACUUCGAUAUACCGCACCUGGGAACAUUUAUGCUACUGCUGAUCUGAGUUUUGUUAAUGAAACAUUAUCAUCAAAAUAUGGAAGUAAUUAUUUUUUAAAUUCGAAUACAAUUAAUCUUCAACNGUGUUUACCAUCAUGA